CCCCGGCGGCCCGGCCUCUUCGUCGGGCGGUGUUCCUUCCCUUACCCUCCCCUGCUCCAUCGCAAGCUCCUGGUUACGGCGGCAACCAUCCUUCUGCCGCAUCGUCCUCCCUCUCGCGACGCUGCCCAAGGUCCAUCGCGCCUAGGGUUCGCCCAGUCCGGCGGCGCCCAGACAAUGGCUGGUCACCGAAACAGUCAUGGAAAGCGCCACUCUGAUUAUACUGAAAAUGGAGGCGGUAAGAGAAGAAAUCCUGGUGAUGAUACCUAUGCCCCUGGUCCUGAUGACACUGUGUAUCGCUACCUCUGCGCCUCUAGAAAAAUUGGGAGUAUCAUUGGCAGGGGUGGAGAAAUUGCAAAGCAGUUGAGGACUGAGACCCAAGCUAAGAUCAGGAUUGGCGAGAGCGUCCCUGGAUGUGAUGAGCGAGUUAUUACCAUAUUUAGCUCAAGCAGGAAAACUAAUACCAUCGAUGAUGCUGAAGAUAAGGUUUGCCCAGCACAGGAUGCCCUCUUUAGAGUUCAUGAGAGGCUUGCCACUGAUGAGAGUAUUGGGAACGAAGACAGCGAAGAAAUUUCACCUCAAGUUACUGUUCGCUUGCUUGUGCCAUCAGACCAGAUUGGAUGCAUUCUUGGAAAAGGUGGGCACAUCAUCCAAGGAAUCCGCAGUGAGACUGGUGCACAAAUACGCGUGCUUAGUAAUGAUCAUAUCCCUGCAUGUGCCAUUAGUGGCGAUGAACUUCUCCAGAUAUCUGGAGACACGGUAGUUGUCAGAAAGGCUCUUCAUCAAGUGUCAUCUCGCCUCCAUGACAACCCAUCCAAGUCACAGCAUCAUCUUGCAUCCAGCUUGACCCAACCUUAUCCAGGGAGCACCACCCACCUUGGUGGUUCCUCUACUGCACCUGUUGUAGGGAUCACUCCAGUAAUUCCUCCUUAUGGAGGCUACAAAGGUGAUGCGGCAGGAGAUUGGUCCUCUUUAUACCAACCACGAAGGGAUGAGAGCUCUGCAAAGGAGUUUAGCUUGCGUUUACUUUGUGCUGCUGCAAAUGUGGGGGGUGUAAUUGGGAAGGGUGGUGGAAUUAUCAAACAGAUUAGGCAGGAAUCUGGGGCUUUAAUCAAAGUGGCUAGCUCCAAUUCGGACCCUGAUGAUGACUGCAUAAUUACAGUUUCUGCGAAAGAGUUCUUUGAAGAUCCUGUAUCUCCAACGAUUGAUGCUGCAGUUCGUUUGCAGCCUAGAUGCAGCGAGAAAAGUGAUUCAGAAUCAGCCGAGCAGUCAUAUACAACACGCUUGCUGGUGUCAACAUCACGUAUUGGAUGCCUAAUUGGCAAAGGUGGUUCAAUCAUUACUGAGAUACGAAGAACAUCCAGAGCAAAUAUACGCAUUCUUUCAAAAGAAAAUGUUCCAAAGGUAGCAGCAGAAGAUGAAGAGAUGGUUCAGAUCAGUGGAGGCCUUGAUGUUGCAAGACAUGCUCUUGUGCAAAUAGCUACAAGGCUGAAAGCCAAUUUCUUUGAAAGAGAGGGCUCUUUAUCUGCAUUUCCAUCUGUGAUCCCUUACCAUCCUUUGCCUUCUGGUGCUUCGGAUGAACCAAAAUAUCUAAGCAGAGACACUAAGCCUGUUGGGCAUUAUCUAUAUUCAAGUGCUUUUCGUACAUCAGAUGACAUGAUUCCUUCUGACAGCUAUGCAAGUUAUGGUGGCUCCCAGGCACUUGGAGGAGGAUAUGGGGCUUACAGCGGAUACAGUGCUCGCUCCUCUGGUAGUGGGUUAUCUGGUCAUAGUUCUCUUCACUAUGGAAAGCGUCAUGGUUAUUAGGAUUUAGAUUGCUUGAUAAAGCAGGGCCUGUUUGGAAUCCAGACAGCUUUGCCUGGCUCUUCAUGCAAUCCCAGGCUUUGGAUUUUGUGUUCCUGGGGUGUAGAUUGUUGCCUGGCAGGCUUUGAACCAAACAGACUCCAAGAUCAUUGUUGAACUGAGGUUAGCUAGCUGAACAUACAUCUGUACUUGUUCGAUUACAAUGCCGUUGCAACGCACAGGCAAGUUUAAACAUAAACUUCAAAUCAUUUUUUUUGAAUGAGAACAUUAAGCCAAUUUGAAGUUGGCGUUUUAAGCAUGAGCUUUCUAAUUUAAUUGGUUAUAGAUACAUGUACUUUGGUGUAAGUAGCUAAUAUCUGAGACUUUAGGUAGCUUGAACUUUUUAACUAAGCUAGAAGUUUUUUUUGGUCGUAUCGAUUUAUUAUAUCACAAUGGCCCAAAAUUUGCGAUAGAGCAUGCUCAUGAUCUUACUGAACGCUUUGACCUGAUGCACAUGUUCCAAUGCUUUAACGACUAAAUGAGUAUUGGUGACUGAAGUUCUGAUAAUGUACUUGGCAAUUUGCUAUGAUGGGGAAACCAUAUGCCAAAGACUGAAUCGUGUGCAUGAGGCCACAGCCGCAAGUGUUUUGCAGGUUCACUGUUCAUUUCAUGUAGAUUUAGAAGGUUCUAAGUUCACCGGGCUUGAUAUGAGCUUUUUGACCUUCAUGUCUGGGAGUCUUGUUACCCAGGAAUGUGCAGGAACAUGCAAAAGUAAGCAUGCAGGUAUUGUUUCUGGACGAAAAUGAAUUAGCUUCUGGAGUCGCACAACAUUGUUAACCUCGUCUAAGUGUAGUUAAUAACGUCAAAAUGUUGUUAGCGGAAUGACUGUACUGUUUGUUUAUUUAAUGUUCUGUCAAGCUGUUUUAUGUAAAUGCUAACUGUAUCGGGUUUUCACCAGCAAAUUUAUUUUAGAUUAUGUUUUUGGCACAAUAAGUUCCAUAAGAUUUGAUUCUGAGAUAUCGCGAACACUAUUCUAUUGCAAUA